UCCCCAAACACCUUCCUUUUUUCUCUCUCCUUCCCACAAAAUGGAAACCAUGACCAGACCAAAAACACUGGGAAACUAAGAGAAAUUCAUCCCUCUCAAAGAGUCAAAGUAACUCGCAAUUUUGAAAUAAUUCAAUUUUGUAUUAUUGUGAUCCUAAUUUCGAAGAAAUGUUGGCGGAAUUACUAUUUGUAUAGUUCAAAAUGUUUUACACUUUUAGCUUCUGACGGAUUGUGUGCAGGUCAUUCAAUAGUUUCUCAAUUAGUACUUAGCUUGAUUUGUGGCUAAGGAAAAAGCGAAUCAUGAGUAGAGCGAUGGAGAGUAUACAGGAUCUAAUUGAAGAAGCUAAGCUUCGAACUGUGUGGUGGAGUCUCUGCAUAUUCGCUGUGUCGUACAUCUUGACGCACAGUAGUAAGUCAAUGUUAAUGAAUAUACCCAUAGCCAUACUCUUGGUCUCUGGACUGAGAAUUUUGUUAAAUGAGGUGGAAUUCCGAUGGAAGGUUCGGAACAACAGGACAGCAUCGUACUUAUCACACUUAGAGAAGAAGCAGCUAUCAGUAAAUGAUUCCAGACUCACUACUCCGCUACCAACCAAAAAGUGGAAAAGAAAAAUAGAUUCACCCCCCGUCGAAGCUGCUAUUGAGGAUUUCGUCAACAAACUUCUACACGAUUUCGUCACAGAUUUGUGGUAUUCUGAAAUUACACCUGACAGAGAGGCACCAGAACUAAUAUAUGCUAUAGUCAUGGAUGUUCUGGGAGAAGUAUCUGCUAGAAUCAAAGAAUUAAACCUUGUUGACUUGUUGACAAGGGAUGUAGUGGACCUGAUAGGGGAGCACCUUGAUCUCUUCAGAAGGAACCAAGCAGCUAUUGGUGCAGAUGUUAUGGGGACAUUGUCUUCUGAGGAAAGGGAUGAAAGGUUGAAACAUCAUCUCCUGGCUUCUAAGGAGCUUCACCCUGCUUUGAUAUCGCCAGAGAGUGAGUACAAGGUUCUUCAACGGCUCAUGGCUGGACUUUUGGCUGUUGUCCUGAGACCAAGGGAAGCUCAAUGCCCUUUAGUUCGCUGCAUUGCUCGCGAACUCUUAACUUGUUUGGUUGUGCAACCCCUUCUGAAUUUUGCAAGUCCCUCGUAUAUUAAUGAGUUGAUUGAAUAUAUUAUUCUUGCCUACAAUAAUGAGGGGUUCAGUGGGUCGUCCAGCGACCAAUCACCUAAUGCGGGGGGUCAUAACCCUGACCACCAAGUUUCGAGAGAACUUGGUCAAAGCAGUGAUUCUAAUUUGAGAAAAAGAUCGUCUCUGAACAAUCAAGAGGCUAGUUUAUCAUUGGCUCGACUGGAUCAUGACAAGGUACUAGAUUCAGGUAGCUCAGGCAAUCCCUUAUCUAGUAUGAGUGAGAGUGAACCAACUCAUAUACGACAUGGUGAGUGGGCUAAACAGUUUGAGGCUGCAACUCAGAGAAGAACAGAAGUUCUUAUGCCUGAAAAUCUUGAAAACAUGUGGACUAUUGGAAGAAACUACAAAAAGAAAAUCCAGAAAAAGGCUGCUCGAGGUGUUCAGGCUUCAGGAGUUCCAGAUUCAGUUAAUGGCCCAUCACCUACACAGGAUUUGGUGACUGAAGUACCCAAACAGAAGCCUGGACAAUAUCCUCGAAUAGAGGACAAAGUUUCCAUGCAGCUACCUCCCAGGCCCCUGCAGGAAUCGCAGUCCACUAGCCUGAAUGUUGAUGCUUUAAGCACUUACCAAGAGCAUAAUAUGGAGGUGGUUCCAAAAGGAAGAUCUUCAGUGUAUGAACUGGAUAGCCCUGCUGUUAUUUCCCAUGAAAACAGAAAUAAGCUUAAAAGAUCAAACAGCACCUCUGCCUUGACAGUUCAGUUAAACCGGGAAGAUAUGUAUACAAGUGAAGGCAGUACACCUAUCAUUAAUGAGUUCUACAGUGCAGAUGGUAAUAAACUUAAUGUACAUAACCUGAUGAGCAAAUCAGACAUUGUAUUACGUCAUGAAGGAGUGCAUGCUUCAAAGCUUAGAUGUCGGGUUAUUGGAGCAUACUUUGAGAAACUUGGUUCGACAUCUUUUGCAGUUUACUCAAUCGCUGUUACAGAUGCUAAUGGAACCACCUGGUUUGUGAAAAGGAGGUAUCGGAACUUUGAGAGAUUGCAUAGGCAUCUUAAGGAUAUUGCCAAUUAUACAUUACAUUUGCCUCCCAAAAGGAUAUUCUCUUCAAGUACAGAGGAUGCUUUUGUCCAUCAACGUUGUAUUCAGCUAGACAAGUAUCUUCAAGAUCUCUUAUCAAUUGCUAAUGUAGCUGAGCAACACGAAGUGUGGGAUUUUCUUAGUGCCUCCUCCAAGAAUUACUCUUUUGGGAAAUCUACGUCAGUGAUGAGAUCUCUGGCAGUUAAUGUUGACGAUGCUGUGGAUGAUAUAUUACGUCAAUUCAAAGGGGUUUCCGAUGGCCUUUUGAUGAAAGUAGCUGGCUCACCCUCAUCUUUAGCUGGAGAAGGUUCUUCUGUUACAAGCAAAAACUUGCUCUAUAAUGCUGAUGAUAUGAAUAAAUUGGCCAUCAGGCCUAGUAUGUCAGAGUCGACUAACAGUUUCUCAGACAAUGACGAAAGUGAGAAAGAUCUAAACCUUGGGGAUCGGGACGUUGAAGCUGCAAGCCGAAAUAGAGGGUGGCAUUCAGACCACGAGUCAACCUCAGAGGGGUUACCACAUAAGGUUGUUAAACAUGAUGCAGAAGUCAGUAACUUCAACUCAGAUGAAAUGCGAAAUGUGAGGUUGAAAUCUGAAUCAAACUCUGAUAGAUAUCUGGAGUCUAGUUUAGUGGUAUCAUCCACUCCACAAGAUGCUCUAACUGCGGUGCCCCCAGAGUGGGUGCCGCCAAAUUUAAGCGUUCCUGUUCUGAAUUUAGUUGAUAAUGUAUUUCAACUCAAAAGAAGGGGCUGGCUGAGGAGACAGGUAUUUUGGAUAUCAAAACAAAUACUGCAGUUAGUCAUGGAAGAUGCCAUUGAUGACUGGCUUUUAAGGCAAAUCCAGUGGCUCCGUAGAGGGGAUGUUGUUGCACAAGGGAUUCGAUGGGUCCAGGAUAUUCUCUGGCCGGAAGGCACAUUCUUCCUAAGAUUGCGCGCUCAACAAAAUAAUUUGGAAACUACACAAAAAUCUCAGCAAACUACAAAACAAGCAGGUGGUAUGAGAGCUACUCAAUCAGGGUCUUUUGAGCAACAGCUGGAAGCUGCCCGCAGAGCUAGCUUUGUGAAAAAUACGUUAUUGAAUGGUGCUCCAACCACUUUAGUCAGUUUGAUCGGGCAUAAACAGUACAAACGGUGCACUAGAGAUCUCUACUAUUUUCUUCAGUCCACAGUUUGUCUGAAGCAACUCGGCUAUGGAAUACUCGAACUUGUUCUAAUAUCAAUUUUUCCCGAACUGGAGGAGCUUGUUUUGGAUAUCCACGAAAAGUCGCGAUCUCAACCAGUAUAGAAGAAAUUAAAAAAAAAUCUUUUUUAGUCCUAAGUCACUCACUAAAGAUGGUUAAGCCUCUAUCAUCAAUUCAGGGGUGACGCAGUUUCAAUUUUGUUGUACAAAAUGUAAAAUAGCCUAUGUACAGUUGUCUAUUUUUGUGUAUAUGUGACCAUUUGAUCCUUCAGCAGUUAGAAAUUUCUACGAGCAAAGUUCGAAAAAGAAAAGGAAUGAAAAACACCGGAUUUAUUCUAGCA